AUGGAGCAAGAAGACUGUAAUGAUUUGUUGGUGAUCCUCCGGGAGAUUCACGAUCAAUUAUUCCAGCUUCUCAAACAGUACCACAGACUUUGUAAUUUUAGCAUGGAAGGUGAUGACCCUUUAGAAUGUAACGUUGGACACAGUUUUGUAACACAGGAACCCAGUGCACGAGGGAGACGACGUCUUGAAAUCGACGAAGAAACUCUUAGUGAGUUACACAGCAUUUACUACGCGUGGAGUGCAGUUGCCUGUGAGACGGGCGUUUCGUAUCGAACGAUUUUACGAAGGCGGCAUGAGUUAGGUUUUCUGAUUGCCAACAGAGCGGGUCCAAGGAACACUUUCUGUAACAUAACUGACGAUGACCUCUGCAAUGUUGUUCACGAGGUUUUGCAAAAUAUGCCAGAUGCCGGUGAGACAUACAUAAUAGGAGCAAUAAGAAGUCGUGGAAUGAUAGUGCAGAGAUGGCGUAUUAGACAAGCAAUUCAGACCGUGGAUCCCAUCAGUCGUGCACUUAGAAGAACCUUUGCUGUAGUAAGACGAGUGUACAAUGUUGUUUGCCCCAAUGAAUUAUAGUAAUUUUGACUUUUAAUCAUGGACCCAUUUUGCUGCAUCUUCCUGGAUUCGUUUAAGCUAUUACUGUCGAAGUAAGAAAACCAUAAAAACUUGAAGUAUGUCUGGAAUGUUGUGCAGUGACCAGUUAUCCUCAGGUUCUGAUCCCCUGAGCAAACAUCAAAACCACAAACUAAUGCAUUAUCAUUGUUACUGUUUGCUGUUUUCUUACUCCUGAUUGACUUUUUCCUUCAGUGACAAUAAGACAACAUGGAUAUGAUAUCUCUGGUGUUACAGUUUUCUCACUUUGACAGUAAACAUACUGGUUUUUCAAGUAACCUUUGUGGCUGCAGGUGCCACAGAGAGGGAGGGGCUGGGGGGGGGGGGUCACUUUAGCCCCUCCACUUUUUUCUUUGGUAUGGUUAUUUAUUUUUUAUUCAGUGCCUUUGGGGUUGGGGGUGCAUUUCCAGUGCUUUGUAAGAAGCAUUUUCAUCUGGACAAGGAUCCUACUUCAGGAAAGUUAAUUGUUCUAGUUUGGUGGCUACAAUUUUACUCUGAAGGCACAUCAAAAUUAGCAGCAGAUAAACCAAGAAGGAGGGGCUGGUGUAAGAAUAGCCUUCAUGUUUUCAACCACAUAACAACUUUCUUAGAAAGCUCUGUGGCCUGUAUACUCUUGAAUUUUAUUAUUAAUGUCCAAAGAUGUAUUAUUGAUGCUUAAGACCACAUCUUAUUCUCCCAUUACAACUGUUAAGGUUAAGUGGGUAAAGUGAAGUGCAGAAUUUUUGUUGGUCAUGUUGAAAAAACAUUGAGGAAAAAUGGCUUGUAAUUAAUUUUUACAAAUACCGUUUUGGGGAUUUCAAGAAAUACAUUCCAGGAAUUGAUUUCCCAGCGGUCAUGUUUGGAUCCACCAGGAAACAAAGGUGCAGUUGACUUCAAGUUACAUUUGUUUUACAGGCACAUAGAUGGACAUCAUAAGUUGGUCAGGUGGCGUUUUGUAAUUCAUGGAGGCAUUGAUGGUUUCAGUAGAAGUAUCGUAUAUCUCAGAUGUUCUUCAAAUAACAAAGCGGAGACUGUUCCAGCCUUAUUUUUGGAUGCUUAAGAAAGAUUUGGACUCCCACCACGUGUCACGUCUGAUUUUGGAACAGAGAAUGUAGAUGUAGCUAGAUAUUUGCUACAACAUCCCCAAAGAGGUAUCAACAGG